UUUCGGCACAACACCGGAACCCUUGCCCCUUGCAGCUAACACCUGGAAGGCUGUAGUAACCUGAUCUGGCCAGCAGGGGUCACCAGGGUACCAUAAACACGAGGCUCCACGGGGGCGUAACUUCCGGAUUUAUAGAAGUUGUCAACAGUUUGCUAAAUAGAAAAACAUGUAGCUAGAUACUGAGACCAGAACUGUUCUUUUAUAGCUGAAUGAGAAAGCAGAACGCUACCCUUCUUUUUCCAGCAAAGAGAGACGGGGGAAGGAGUGACUGGAGACAGAAAGACGGCGCCGCUGCGGAAAGCAGAAGUAGUUAGUUACAGUAGUUAACUAGCUAGCUAUAAUGUUUAGCUACUGUAGCUAGUUAGCUAACUUGUGUUGUGAUAAGUAUAAGUACCAGGCAAGCUAAAAACGGGCUGGUGUGUGUGAUAACUCCAGCCUGCUCUCCCUCUCCGUGGCUACACUACUGAUGCCGGUCUCGGCCGGGGCUCCAUGGAAGAGCUGCUAGCACAGGACGGAACAAGGAACGGGACUGCAACCGACUCCCCUCACCCCUGCCCGACACGGUCCCUGCUCAUCUCUCUGGUCCAACGGGAUAUUAUUACCGUGGGGUGAGCCUGGAAACGACCGACCGAGCGAGCGGCGAUGGGUGAUGAGAUGUCAUGUAGCUAGCUCAUAUAGAAGCUACCAUCUCUAGAUGUUCGACAGACACGGUUGAAACCCCUGGAACCCUGCAUACUGCUGCUGCUCCCGCUACAGAAUCCGGUUAGCGAUCCAGGACAAGAUGAGUGGGGGGAAGAAGAGGAGUGGCUUCCAGAUUACUAGUGUGACGUCAGACUACACGCAGAGCUCUGGGGAAGCUCCACCCCAUGUUCAGGCCUCUAGCCAAUCAAAUCCCUCCCUUCAGUCCUCCAGCCAAUCCACUGCUUCCUCCCAGCCUGGCCCCUCCCACCAGCAGGGACGUUUCUCCCAGCCGACGACUCCCCUCUCUCUGAGAAAAUCCAACUCACAAGAUGCUGUGGGGCAGGGCUCCAGGUUCCGAGUUGUCAGAUUGGGCCAGGGCCAUGGAGAACCCUAUUGCCGGGGGCGAUGGACCUGUACGGACUUUCUGGAACGAGAGGAAGGGGUGGGGCUUAGAUGGGUGAUGGACAGCAUGAGACACGCCCACUCUCUGGAGUCGCUGGAGGGGAUUGGUCUACAGAGGGCUGGGGGAGGUGCUGGAGGCGAGCUACUGGGACACGUGCGCACACUCAGGACGGGACACCUUGUUCACUCUCAGGGUACCUCCCACUUGCUGGCACAGCCAAUAGGGUCAGAUGGGGAGGGGUUUGGAGGGCUGAAGCCGCUCCUCCUCCACAGCGACCCGCCCUCCCCCACACACCUGGAAAGAUUCAACUCGCGAGUGGUCGACUCCAUGCCCCCGCUGCCCAGCCCCCGCCCACGGAACAUCCCACCCCCUCUACGCCUGGACGUGGACGCUACCGGGAGGCGAUAG